GGGAGGGGGAAGGGCAUAUAAAAUUCCUUUGAAGCGACUGGGGGCCUCCUUUUCCGUUUCCGGCGGUGGUGGCGGCCAGACGGUCUCAGCAAGAUGUCCGCUCACCUGCAAUGGAUGAUUGUGCGCAACUGCUCCAGUUUUCUUAUUAAAAGGAACAAGCAAACUUACAGCACGGAACCCAACAACCUGAAAGCUCGCAACUCUUUCCGCUACAACGGGCUGAUCCAUCGCAAGACUGUAGGGGUUGAGCCUGCUGCUGAUGGGAAGGGAGUCGUCGUAGUCCUCAAGAAACGUGCAGGCCAGCGGAAACCAGCCACCACCUAUGAGAAGAUCACGAUCAACAAAAAUGCGCGUGCCACGCUCAACAGCCUCCGCCACAUCAUCCGCAAGAACAAUUACCGCAAGGACCUGCGCAUGGCUGCCCUGCGUCGUGCCAGCGCCAUUUUGCGCAGCCAGAAGCCGGUGGUGGUGAAGAAGAAGCGGGCCCGUACUACCAAGACUCCUUAAAAGAGUUGCCAGAUUAUUCAAUAAAGGAUCAGAACAUA